AUGCCUACUUUGGAAGAGGUGAAGGAAGUGGUUUUCUCUAUGAAUCCUAAUUCUGCAGCUGGUCCUGAUGGGAUGAAUGGAGGUAUCAUACGGGAUCAGGCUGGAGAAAUGAUACUCUCAUUUGCCACUCCGUUUGGGGGAAGUACUAAUAAUCAAGCUGAAUUAGAAGCAGCGAUCUUCGGGAUGACCUGGUCCUUAGAAUUAGGUCACAGGAAGGUCCUUUUGGAGGUAGAUUCACAGCUUCUAGUGGACUGGAUAUUGCAUAAAGUCAACCCGCAUUGGAGCAUAAACACACAUAUAGAGAAAUUGCAGGCUCUUAUUGAACAAACAGACGAGUUUAAAUGCAAGCACACCUUCAGAGAAGCCAACUUUGUUGCUGAUUCCCUUUCAAAACACAGGCAGACGAUCACGAGCCCCUAA